GUCUUUGAAACACAACAAACUAACUAUGUAACACCUAAUGAUACUUCUUCUUCUUCUUCCUCUUCCUCUUCUUCCUCUUCUUUUUCUUCAACAUCAACUCUUAGCCAUAUUAGUGGACUUAGCCAAUAUCAGAAUGAAAGACAUCGAUUAUUAAAUGAACAUACACCACUUUUAACAGAUAAAAAAUUAAAAUCAUCCACUCAAACUAGCUCGAAAAAGACAGACACGAUUGUUCGAAUCUUUGUUAUCUCUAGUAUUUUACUUUGGAUUGGUCUCUUAGGAGGAUCUGCAUUAUUUUUUUUCAUACCAGGACAAAAAGAGAAGAUUGAUCCAAGUCAGUUACAUCUUAUUCCACAAUUAUUGGGAUGGGGAAGUGCCCUUCUUUAUUGUUCAAGUCGUAUACCCCAAAUUAUGCAAAAUUUUAGAAAUGAGAGUGUAGAAGGACUUAGUUUGACUAUGUUUGUGUUUAGUGUUGUUGGCAAUUUAACCUAUUGUGUGAGCAUCAUAUUGAAAUCGACUGAUCCAACCUAUCUAUUAAUUAAUUAUCCCUGGUUACUUGGAAGUGGCGGUACUUUAUUCUUUGAUUUCACCAUUUUCUUUCAAUUUUAUAUGUAUCGACGUGUAAAGGAUACACAAAAAAACUAUUCAGUAACAGACUUUAAAAAUGUGACUAUAGAUCAACAAGCUUAAAUAAACAAACAAACAAACAA